UCAGAUAUGUCUAUGUCCUGGGAAAUGUUCUUGUUACUUAAAACGAUAUGCUAAUCCCAUUAGCGCACUGUUAGCUCAACCUUCCCUUGGGGGGGACACCGAUCCAGUAGAGGUUAAUUAAGGCAAUCCACUGUGUAGAUUGUUUAACUCUGGCUUUCUUAGGGAAAAAGCAUUGUCGGAAGUGAGGUUUGAACUCACAUCUACAUUCAUAGACCAGAAAUCCCCUGUCUCCAGGAAGAAUUCACUCUUUCAGGCUGGCGCAUUAAACCGCUUGGCCAUCCUGACAACUGUGGAGUUUUUUCUUGUUCUGUAAGCUAAAGUUUUAAAUGUAGGCACGCGACAUGCUAGACUUAGGCUAAAAAUAAAACUAUUAUUGCUCAUUCAUUAGUUUUCAUUUUACCACUUGAGGCAAUCCACUAUGUCAAUUUAUUUUGCCGCAUUCAUGUGCUAAUCGGAACUCUGAAAUGUUUAACUUGCUAAAUGGUUGAACUAGGCACGUGUAUAACUACAACUUAUUAGCGAGUCGGACAUUUCCGAGUUUCCUAGUUCCAACUAGCACGUGAACGGGGCAUUUAAUUCUGACUUGCUGUUUUGCAUCAAAUGAUACAUUUCGCAUCAUCAUCAUGAUCUGGCAGGUGACACUUUGCUUCUUGAAAGUUCAAUACCUUGAAAACUUGACUGCUGACAUGCAAAAUGGACUAAUGAAAAAAGAAAUGUGUUGAUUUUACUUUAAGCAGCAAACUACUUUUAAGAGGUACUAACUACUUCUAAAGCUCAAAUUAAAUACAAUAGACAACCAUCAGAUUUGUUUCCAACAGCCCCAGAACCAACUAAUUGGAAUGUCCCCACCCCAUGCCCUAACUAGCAAUUUAGACCAGUCCAAACGGUGGUCCCGACCGAGCACAAAAGAAGGGGGCCUGGCAGGGGGGCAGGACUCUUAAUGUUAGGAUGGUAUUUUUCAAUGUGCUCAUCACUCUGCCUGUCCUGUGUUCGCAAUACAUCAGUGCAAGAACACAUUGAUUCAUUAUCAUCCGUCAAAGUUCACCACACCAUUUGCACUGCGCUUUCUCUCUCUUUAAACGUUCACUGCAAUUUGUUCUAUGUUGCACGUUACAUUCUGCAAUUUCUUUGCAAAGUUAUUAAAAUACAAUGUUCACUGCAGUUUACAGCCUAACAUAUCAUUUUGUACUCACUUAAAAACAAAAAUGCAAUUAUUAUCUAGUCUAGUCUAGAUAAUUGUAUUGUCCCUAAACAAGAUCAAUAGGGGAGCUUUUUGUACUCACCUGGCCUCUUCACUGCCUAUCAGCUAUUAAUCCUUGUUAUUGUGGAUUUAUAUAGAAAAUUGGUGCAGCUUUGAAUGAUUUUAUGUGUGGUAUGAUUGCUAGCAACCCUAUUGCAGAUCUGGACAAACAAUCCCCCUACCACUGUUGUCACUAUGAAUGGUGGAUAGUGGGCAGGAUAGACAGUUAGACUGGUAGACUAUAUUGACCUGUGGUAUAGUUAGCAAGUGGAGAAGCAUAGUGCAUAAGGGAAGUUCCAGAACACCUUGAUAGGGGAGGCACAUGCAAGCAGAUGAGGACAUUUUUUUCCCCAAAGCAAAAAAAAAAGUUAAGCAACCCUCCUCUAGUUUGGACGCCCCCCACCCCCCCAGUAAUUUUCGAACUGUCCCUUACAGAUACUUCAGCAAAAUCAACGGAACUCGUAAACAACCGUUUUAAAGGCGUUCUAACUUCUGUUGUGAGUAGAUCGGUUCAGCUCACAUUCAGCAUGAAUAUUUCAAUCAUGUUUGAUAAGUUUAAUUUAUGUAGAUAAAAUGCCUAAAGCAUCUACAGUAGUCUUUACUUGUAAAAAAAAAUGAAGGAUAACUUAUGAUGUGAAUGAAGUAUUUCAAAAAUAUAUAUACAAUCUGGACAUACUACAAUGAGUAACAAUACUGUGACCGGGAGGACCAUGGUCCCGACUAUACCUUCCAUCAUGUUUAUUUUCGGAGUGGUGGGAAAUGUAAUCGCCAUCGUGGUGCUCUGCAAGUCCAGGAAAGAGCAGAAGGAGACCACGUUCUACACGCUGGUUUGCGGUCUGGCGGUUACGGACCUUUUGGGGACCCUCCUGGCCAGUCCAGUCACCAUCGCCACUUAUGUGAAAGGAUCUUGGCCAGGCGGGGACCCACUCUGCCAGUAUUUCGGAUUCAUCCUCCUCUUCUUCUCUUUAGCGGGGCUCAGCAUCAUAUGCGCAAUGUCCGUAGAGAGAUACUUGGCGAUAAACCAUGCGUAUUUCUACAACGACUAUGUGGAUCAGAGACUGGCGGGGUUGACUCUUCUGGCUAUCUACAUCUCCAACGCGUUUUUCUGCGCUAUGCCUAGUAUGGGUCUGGGACAAGUCAAAAAGCAGUACCCACAAACCUGGUGCUUCAUAGAGUGGCGGAGCAACGUGAGUACUGAUGCCACAUUUUCUUACAUCUACGCGGGAUCCAGUUCGAUUCUAAUUCUGGCCACGGUGAUCUGUAACGUUCUGGUGUGCGGGGCUUUGAUCCGGAUGCACCGGCAGUUCGUUCGGAGGAUGUCGUUGGGGACAGACCCAGGGCGAAACACAGACCCAAGAAGGAGACGCAACUUCGGGAAUCUGGCCGGCGCGGAGAUCCAGAUGGUGAUUGUACUCAUAUGCACCUCAGCGGUGGUGCUCAUAUGCUCCAUUCCACUAGUUGUGCAGGUGUUUCUGAACCAGCUGUAUAAGACUCCGGUGGAGCUGAGACUGGAAAAGAACCCAGAUCUGCGGGCGAUCCGCUUCGCUUCCUUCAACCCCAUCCUGGACCCCUGGAUCUACAUCCUCCUCCGCAAGGCCAUGCUCCUCAAGCUCAUUGAGCAGAUCAAAUGUCUGUUCUGUCAGAUAGGAGCACGGCGGCAGCAGAGACAGAACUGCCACCAGUGCCCCUCCAUCAUCUCCUCUCGAGAGUCGCCCUCACUGGUAUCCCGCGAGCUGAGGGAGGUGUCCAGCACCUCUCAGACUGUUCUCUACCUGCCCGAAGGAAGUGAGACGUACACAGGAAGCUGUCAUCACACAGGAGAGCAGUUUGGGUUCCGUACUUCCUCUGUCCAAGACCCCCGAAGUUCUUAUUCAUCAGGGCAGAGCAAUACAGAGGACGGGAGCAGAGAAGCGACACAUCUAACCAGGGACCUUUCUGGUGUGGCAGGAAAGACCACUCAGUCAUGUGUGAAAGACCAGGCUCUUCAUGUGUCGCUAAGCAAUGAGACAUUACAGGAGAAAUGCAUAUAAGUCUUGUUUAUUUGGAUUCCCAGAAGAGGUUACUUUCUCAACAGCUACUCUAGUACUCCUCAGUCCUCAUAUUAUUGUGAGGUUUCUGUGAGUCAGAGGGAUGCCACACUUACACUGAAGGGACUGUCUUCAGACUGUCCAAGAUGCCUUCUCUGAGGUAGACAGCUUCUGCUCUCCUAAGGGACUUAUUUGGUUGGUGGAAGUGUUAGUAAAAGCAGAAAUAUACUGGCACCAAGGCUGACUCAUUUGACAUUCUCUCAAGAUGAGGUAUGGCACAUUUAAACAACGUUAAGAAGCUUUUGGGAAGCUAGGUAGAGGGAGGAAGAAGUAAAAACAACGGAGAUACAACUGAGAGAGAGAGAGAGGAUGUCUGCUCUGCUUUGAUGUCAAGCUACCUUGACCAGAAACAUCAAUGUUUGUUUCUUUUCCACUCUUCUUGCACUGGUCAGGGAGCAAGAUUGUCUCCAUGGCUUAAAAGCCCAUGACUGUACACUGUAGCUCAACAGUUUAAUCACUAGCUUAUUUCAAUCAUUGAGUAAACUUUGUAUUUAGAGCCGAGGUUGCCAGUAAACAAAAAUUAUUCCGAUGUACAGAAGCGUUAUUAAGAUUAAUUGAAGGGAAUGUAGCAUGAGGCCUGAAGUCCAUGAUUGCCAGGACCAAGGAAAAAUCCGUUCUCACAAAUACCUUUGUCUUGAGAAGCUUUGCUGUCUAGAGAGAAACAUUGAGACUGUUUUGCAUCACAGAAUAGAUUUAGAGAGUUUAUAGGGCAGUAAUAUGUGUGUAAUAAACAUUAUCCAUGUGUUUGUCCUUCCGGGGAGAAGUAUGACAAAUUAUCCAAUUAGAAUGCUUUUUAGAAUGCCUUUGUCAUGGAAUGAGUUGUGCCAACAUGCAAGAUAGUUAGCCAAACACAGAUUCUCAGUGACCCACCGUAAUAUUGUCAUUGUCAUAAUUUUGUGACCUAUGCAAUUUCUUCUCUGUGAGAAGAUGCAAGUUAUUUAAUCAUGUCAUGAAAUGUUACAUCAGUAUAACAUAAAUAUGGCAUAUCAGUUUUAAAAUAUGAUGUUCCGGUAUAUCUGUAAAAGGCUUAAAAUUACAGAGGUGUUUCAUUAUAAAUUCACUGUGCUUGCGUUAUAUCCACCCACCCAUAGAAUAUUCAUGUAAGCAAUACGUUCUGAAAAGGAAUAAAAUGGAUUAACAGUUA